CAGCAUCCCUCUUGGCCUUUGUUCAAGGUGAUUAGGGUCUGCAGCUCUCCCACCCGCAGGCGCAUAACUGGCGGAACUACAUUACCCAGAAUGCGUUAGCCACAGCGAGAAGAAGACAACCAAUGAGCAUUUAGAGUGGUGCCAUCUACAAGUUUGGCUGGAAGGAUGGGGAGGGAUUUCCGGCUACGCUCUGUGGCGCUCGUUUUUAGCGGUUUUUGGGUCCGUCCUUCCCGACCGUGCGCUGGAACCCUUUGUCCAGUGUUUGGGGACGAGAGUCUGAAGGACCGGCUAGGAAUAGUAUUCAUCGCGCACAGGAUGCUAUUAGCGACAGCAUUGCCCAGGUGCCCGUCUCCAUCUCCGUAAGGUCUGCGCUCGCCUAGCUGAAUGGCUGCACCCACGCUCAAGCACCGGGCUUAGGUAUCCAUGACAGCAGAAGUGGAUAUGGCCCCCAGGCAGGACUGUGUGACCUUUGAGGAUGUGGCCGUUUGCUUCUCACACGAAGAAUGGAGACUUCUUGACAAGACUCAGAGGCUCCUGUACCUCAGUGUUACGCUGCAAAACUUUGCACUUAUAAACUCCCUGGGUUGUGGGCAUAGAACAGAGGAAGACGAGCAGAGGGUUUCUACUCAAGUAUCCCAGGUAUGCAGAUCCGUGACCGCGCCACCGACACCAAAAACUCAACUCUGUGAAAGGUGUAUCCCAGUUCUUCAGGACAUUUUGCACCUGCCUGAUCUCCCUAAGCCGAAACUCAGUGUAGAGGCACGUUCAGAAUUUGACCGACACCCCAAACACAGUAGUACAGAAAAGCCCUUGAAGAAGAAUGCUGACAGGGCCUCGUAUUUGAAACGGUGCCUGUUCCACAUGUCAGCCAGGUCCUUCCCAGGUUGGAAUGUUGAGAAGGACCUCCCGGAUAUCCUGAGCAUCCUGAAAUCCCAGGUCUUUCUCAGCAUUACGAAGCCCAGCAAAAGCGCUGAGGUUGCAGAAGAAACUCACAGUCAUAAAAGUCACAAAUCAGGAGCCUGUGCGAAGCCUUCCAGUCAGAAGCAAGCACUUGCUCACCCGCCAAAGGCCUCCACCGGGAAAAAGCUUUAUGAGUGCAACAAGUGUGGGAAAACCUUCCGUGGCAAAUACUCCCUUGAUCAGCAUCACAGAGUCCACACUGGAGAAAGGCCUUGGGAGUGCAGUGAUUGUGGGAAAUUCUUCAGCCAAACCUCCCACCUGAAUGACCACCGUAGAAUACACACCGGGGAAAGGCCUUAUGAGUGCAGCGAAUGUGGCAAAUUAUUUAGGCAGAACUCCAGUCUUGUUGACCACCAGAAAAUUCACACUGGAGCAAGACCUUACGAGUGUAGCCAGUGUGGGAAAUCCUUUAGUCAAAAAGCCACACUAGUUAAGCACCAGAGAGUUCACACUGGAGAAAGGCCUUACAAGUGUAGCGAGUGUGGGAAUUCCUUUAGUCAAAGUGCUAUUCUUAACCAACAUCGGAGAAUCCACACUGGAGCAAAGCCUUAUGAGUGCAGCCAGUGUGGGAAGUCCUUUAGCCAAAAAGCUACCCUCAUUAAACACCAGAGAGUUCACACGGGAGAAAGGCCUUAUAAGUGUAGUGAGUGUGGCAAAUCGUUCAGUCAAAGCUCCAUCCUUAUUCAGCACCGGAGAAUUCACACAGGAGCGAGGCCCUAUGAGUGCGGCCAGUGUGGAAAGUCGUUUAGCCAAAAGUCUGGCCUCAUUCAGCAUCAGGUGGUUCACACUGGAGAAAGGCCUUACGAGUGUGACACGUGUGGGAAUUCCUUUAGCCAGUGUUCUAGCCUGAUUCAUCACCAAAAAUGUCACAGUGCGUAAGAAACCUCAUAAAAGUAGCAAUUAUGGGUGAGCCUUCAACCCAAGGCCUAAUAAUCAUUUGAGAAAAGCCUUAGAUUGAUAGGGAAUGCCCCUCACUCCCUUUUUAAAA